AUGAAGACGAACUUGCAAAUAUUUCAAGCGAUGAGGAUGAUGAGUUUAUCCCAAUUAAAAAGAAAAGGCUUAUUGUUUUGAAUCGAAUAAAACUCACAUACAUUCUGUUUUCUGAAAUGUCUUACUUAUUUUUUUUUUUUUGUUAAGUUAUGUGAAAUAAACACGUACACUGUAUUUCUAAAACUUUCACUAGCUUUUAUUUUCCAAUAUUUUCCCUUUUGUACUGACAGAUUCAAUUUACACGAUUUUUAUUCGCGUAAAUCAAAUCCACGUGGAACGGAUACUCGCGUAAAUUGAGGGACCGGUGUACAUCAUGAUAAUUGGUCGUCGUUCCUUUGCCACGUCGUCUAGAACUCUAGAUCCACGUUGCCAUACAGUCUACAAAGGGAAAGGGGAAUUAUCUUAUCGUUCGAUUUGUAGCGCGUAGUACAUAGUACAAUCAUCAUAACGGUACGAAGAAUUUAUUAAUAUUUUGAGUCUACGUUUACGACGAUGUCUUUGCAUCUCAUUUUCAUCAGCUAAUGCAAUGAGAAUGUGUCUAUGUUUUUCGGUAGUCGAUCGGAUGGCUGUUUUCUUUCAAUUUGUGGAUAUUGCGCCAAUAACCUUUUCGCUCCGAAAAACGAGUAUGUACGUGGCCAAAUAAUAAUAAUUUUUUUUAAAAAUUCGCUUCCAAAUUGCAGAGUUUUAUUAUUGUGAUAAAAUAAUCUUGUUUCAAAGUUACAAGGUUUGGAGACAGAAACACUCACAAUCAAAGUCGUACGUACUCGAUCACCCAUCGGAGCAAAAGGGGGUAAUUACGUCCGUCUAAUAUGAAAUCUCUCUCCGAGCCUCUUCCUCUCGCGUCAGAAGAAUCAACGAAGCGAGGAACGCGUGUUUCAGGACCAAGCGACGGAGGUGAUCCUGACGCUGGGCCAGGCGUUCGAGGUGGCCUACCAAAUGGCACUGCGCGACAAGCUCGGCAGCCACACGGUGCGGUCUCAGUCGGCCAAUCAACUGACCACGUUCGCGAAAUCGUCCAGGGUGCCACCAGUGUCGCCAGACUCGGUGCUGUUGGACGUAAGUCGCGAAUCGCCGAUGGACCAGCCGCCGGCAUCGGUCAUCGUUCCCGUCGCGAACUCGAUGAACCCGAAGCCGAAGCCCCGCUCCAAGUCGUCCAUUCCGAAUCCGACGCAAGACGGAAACUCCAACUCGAGUUCCCUGUCCGGCGGCACGGUGAACUGCACGAGCUCGGGCUCGAGCUCGAACCCGGCCACCAGCCCCAGCGCCAACUCGGUCAGCAGUUCCAAUUCGAACGCGAGCACGAACCAAUGUACGACGAAGCCGCUGGUCACGCACGGUAGAUCCCACUCGGUGAACGACAUCAAAGUGAACGGGAACCAGUUGAAGUUGGCGCCAGCGCCGGUCGACGACAUCGGUAUCGGCGUGAAAGACAUGAAGCCAGGCUCCAGGGCGCCCAUUGCUUUGUCCGAGGAAUUGUAG